AUGGUAGCAUCGGGAUGGCACCGUAUGAGGCACUGUACGGGCGAAGAUGCCAAUCUCCUUUAUGCUGGAAAGUCAGCAUACCAGCUCGCCCUACCACCAAAUCUAUCGAGGCUACACAACGUGUUCCAUGUGUCCCAACUCCGAAAAUACCAGCACGAUCCAAGUCAUGUGUUACAGCAAGAGGAUGUAACACUCAAAGACGACCUGACUUUUGAACUACCAGCCAUGAAGAUUGUAGACAGAAGCACGAAGCAACUAAGGAACAAGACGGUACGACUGGUAAAGGUGGCAUGGGAUAGCUGCAACUCAAGGGACUACACAUGGGAAAAAGAGGCAGACAUGAGACAGAAGUUCCCAAACUUGUUUACAGGUAACGAUCAUGGUGAAGAUUUUCUUUCCUCCUCAACAGUGGAAAAGUUACAAUAA